GGGCGGCGGCCGCCGAGGAAGACAGAUGGGGUGAGAGACAGCGAGAGGUCCGGCUGUCAGCGCGACCUCGGCCCCGCCACGGAGGGAGCCCCUCCUCCCGCGCUGUGCGCUGCUCGCUCCCUGUCCCGGGGAACCAUGGCGUCCAGCGAGGAGGACGGAGGCGGCAACGGCGCGGUGGAGGAGAAGGAGAAUGGCAAGAAGAGGAGGCUGGGCGCCCUGGCCACUGCCUGGCUCAUCUUCUACAACGUCGCCAUGACCGCGGGGUGGCUGGUAUUAGGUAUUGCCAUGGUGCGGUUUUAUGUACAGAAAGGAACACAUAGAGGCUUAUUCAGAAGCGUUCAAAAGACGCUUAAAUUUUUCCAGACAUUUGCUUUGCUUGAGGUAGUCCACUGUGCAGUUGUUCGCACAUCUGUGCUUGUGACUGGGGUCCAAGUGAGUUCAAGAAUCUUCAUGGUGUGGUUCAUUGCACAUAGUAUAAAACAGAUCCAGAAUGAGGAGAGCGUUAUACUUUUUCUGGUCGUAUGGACUGUGACAGAGAUUACUCGAUAUUCCUUCUACACAUUCAACCUGCUCAACCAUUUGCCAUACUUCAUUAAAUGGGCCAGAUACAACUUUUUUAUCGUUUUGUAUCCUGCUGGAGUUGCAGGUGAACUGCUAACCAUAUACGCUGCUUUACCCUAUGUGAAGAAAACAGGGAUGUUUUCACUGAGACUUCCCAACAAAUACAAUGUCUCCUUUGACUACUAUUACUUCCUUAUUAUUGUCAUGUUAUCCUACGUACCAUUAUUUCCACAGCUCUACUUCCAUAUGCUACGGCAGAGAAGAAGGGUGCUUCAUGGAGAAGUAAUUGUGGAAAAGGACGACUGAAUCAAGCUGUGUAACUAUGGUGCUUUUAGUGGAAAAAAAGAGGGUAAAAACCGAAAUUUCCUAUGAUUUUUCUGAGUCCAAGUUUUAAAACAUGGAACAAGAAUAAACAACUGUUCAUAAAAUAGCAUGGACUGUAUUAUUUUUACAAUUAAUUUAUAUUCAGAUGAACCUUUUCAUCCUUGGUUUCACUUUGAUUUUUAGUUGAUCCUAUCUUCAGAUUAAUUAUUUUCUUAUUUUCAAUAGGUUCACAAAUAGAUUUAAGAAUUGGGUUAGCUGGCUACUGUACUUUCUGUUCUGAGAGGUCUGUUAUGAUCUUUAGUAAUCAACAAGAACAGGAGAGUUGAUAAGUUGCACUGAAAGUGAGUCUUCUGGAAAACAGAGCACAAUUAGGUAAUAAAGUUUUUCAUAGACUAUGUGGCUUAAAUGUUAUUUAAGCUGUGUAUUAAAUAAUACCUUUCCAGUUAUAAGUUCUGUUAGCAUCUUGUUCAAUAUAUUUGGAAAUACAGGAUCACACUGUAGAAUUCCAGAAUGACUAUUGAGAAGAGCUGUAUUCUUGAUUGUCAGUGCAAAUUUAGAUCUCUCUGUAUUUCUAUUUGUAUUUUUAAAGAUACGUAGAAUAAUAGAUAUAAUAUUAGCUGGUUAAAAGUUUGUGCUAAGAAGUAGACUCAAUGUGCCCACCUUCCUCUGGUCAGGGGCUGGAACAGGAAUCAUUUGCAGAGGAAGGAUGAUGGUCAGCAUGUUUCCUAUUCUACCUUAACAUAUUUAUGAAGAAAAAAUAUGCUAUUGCAUUUAGCAGCUACAUCUAUAGUGAGAUAUUUAUCUUCUUAUAAAUAGCUAUGUGGGAUAAAGUAUAACUGAAGUAGUGUCUUAAAAUAUAAAUUGUGCUUUGAAUCAUCCCAUUGUGCAAUUUUAAUUGCUCCCUCCCCAUUAAUUGUUUGUACUGUGUUGACCUAGUUCUAUGUAAUGCAUUCAAUAAACUGCAAGAGGGAUCUACAGUAUAUUAAUAAAAGUUAAAAAUGAUACUACAGUAUUUGAUACCUGAGUGAGAGAGGUCCAAUAAAUGGAUUAAAUGUAGACAAGAAUUAGAGGCAGCCUGAAAGAUUCAGAUAAAAGGUAAUGCACUUGAGGAAACUUGGACAAUUACUGGGAAAGAGAGAAGAUUGAAAAGUAACAAUGUAGUAAGAACCCUUGAUGAUGUUGGCAACGAAAUUGCCUUUGGCAUCAGUAAUGUUAAAGGAAAAGUACAUAUGCAGAAUUUCUACAUCAGGCAGCUGGAAAUCAAAAUACUCCUUGUGACUGCUGAAGUAAUUUCUGGAGUUUGGUCUUAGAUUUUGUUUAUCUCAGGAGUGAAGAACUGGGUCAAUCUUCUGAAAAGUCAGAGAACAGUAACAAAAUUAGUUAAAGUGAGAAGGAAGUCGGAAAGACUGAAUCUUGAAGUGUGUAAAAUUUUUUGUCAUGUGACAAAAGCAUGUAAAAGAAGAGGUUUUCUAAGUAUGAAUGUGUAACUAGAACUGGUUAUAUAAAACUAGAACAAGGAAAAUAUCCAGUGAGUAUCAGGAGAAUGAUCUUACCCAUGAGACCAGUUAGGUUAUGGAAUGACUCGGUAGGGCUUUUCAAUGCAUACAGUUUCUUGGAAGGUUUUAAGUUAGACAUAAUGCAAUAUUGGAAAGCAAUCUUCCUUUGGCAACGAUUUGAACUACAUAGGCAGUUUCCAUUUGUAGCUUCAAUGAUUCUACGAUCAUUCAGCUUUUUGAAAAUUGUAGAUACUCCUUUUUCUGGUAUAUCUGGUAAUUUGAUGAAAAAGCGAGGAUGUACUAUAUCCCUGACUUUCUAAUUCCAUUUUGUGCCUCAAAUUUGUGAUAGUUAUGCAUGUCUUCAUUACAUGUAAAUUAGUUUCCUUUUAAAAGAAGGUGCAUAGUGGACUUCAGAUAGUUGGUGUAAUCUUUGUAUUUUUAGAAUAAGUUUCACACAAGGUGCUAUAAUUUAACUUAUUCUCUGAUCUAUAUGCAGCUACAAUUAUUCAAAGUUUAAAAUAUAACCUACAUUUGCAACACUGAAUUACAAAAUAGUGGUGUUGCAAAUGUUUAGACUAGCAGUUACAUUUGUCUGAAAUUCUAAGAGUACUGUUUUAUAAACUUCACUUGAUUUUUGAUCCAUGAGGAACAUCAUGGCAGUUUUUAGAAAUAUUUCUCAGUUAGCAACCAGAGAAGUAUGAUGAAAUAUGGGCAACUAAGAUUAAGACUAAGUUCUGUGUUUCUUUUUUUUACUGUCAGGGCAGCUCAGUGAAGACCACAUCUAUCAGUUCAUUGAAAAUGCUUUGGAUACUUUAGGGAUGUGUUUUUUGAAUCCUUCAUCAGAGGAGUGUAUCACACAAAUACUAUUUCUGUAACAAAAGGAACACCUGCACUCUAGUAAUAUAUUUUAAUUGUGGCUUAAGGAUAUUAUGUGUCAGUUAAGGAUCUGCUUUUAUAUCCUUUUGUACAUACGACAUGAAAAAAUAAAUACGGCGCUGUUUGCUAAAAUCUUGAGUUUGCACUUCCGUAAAGCAACAGUGAACAAGGUAAUGAUAGAUUCAAAAAAGUUAUUUACAGCCACAGAAGAGUCUUGCUAAAUGAUAAGUAAAAAAAAGCUAAAAAUUACUUACAGUACUGCAUUCAGUGUUUCAUAGACUAGAGAGGUUGCCAUGUAGAUUAAUAUGCAUGCCAAGUACUUCAAAAUGAACAGGCGUCAUGUUCUUGUUUUAACUGAAACCUUUCACUGAAGCUUCAAUGUAUACAUUUUAUUUUAAUAUAAUCUCAAAGGUAGUGUGAAUUACAGGUAAAAUCCUAUUGCUAUUUACUUCAGAUGGGCCAGAAUUUUAUCUUAGGCAGGCUACUUAAACUUCAGUAUAACAGCAUUGCAACACUUAGCUUGUCAAAUGAAUGUAAGAAGUUAAGGAUAAUUUCCACAUGGUGCUCUCUUUCCAACUUCUUUUUCACAUCUGUCUGUUUUUGUCUUCUUCUCUACAAUAUUCCUAGUUUUCUAAAGGAUUGAAUUCCUCCUGUUUAUGGAAGUUUAGGAAUGUGUUCAAACAUCAGCAUCUUUUAUGUUUUGAUGUAGUCUUUAACAAAUUGUGUGUUUUCUUAGUUGUUCUGUAUGUGCCCUCUGGAAUGGAUUAUAAAUAGCAUGACCUUCCGAAGCUUCUUUUUAAAAUGAAAAUACAUAGUAAAAUGCAUUUGUAGGGUGAUUCCUGAUCAUCAGGUUCCCUAUUAUUGGUAGUAGCAUAAAAACACUGCCCUUGUUAUAAACUCCAGCUGAAAGCAGUUGAAUUUUUUGAGGUUCCCCCAAAACUCACAUACUGCUCCCACUGGGAAAGGCUGUUCAGGGCCAGAUGGGAUGAAUCACCUCAUUUCACAGCUCUGUCCAGAAUGGCUGGAGGUCAGAUCUGGGUCUCCAGGCAUGGGCAGUACAAAGCAGUAUGAGAAAUUGCAUCUUCCACAUUAGCUGCCAAGGGGGUCACUGAGGCCAUUGUGAACAGUAGCUGCCAGACGUGAUUUCUCUCACCUCUCACUACGCAGGAUGUGAGAAGGGAGAAAGCUUAACAUGUUCUCAUACCUUCUCCCUGGGGAGCUUGUGAAAUCAGCUGGGAGGAUCUCUGUGCACAAAGGGUGUGUCACAGAAAAAGGUCUUUUCUGCUCUACUCAGCUAUCUUAUUACUAUCUAUCUGCCUUUAUUUCUUGAAAUACUGCUGUGCCAAGAUAGCUAUGCCACGCUGGUUUCAGAAGUGUAGUGCAAAUUUGACAGCCUUAGAGAAAUGGUCCAGUGUGCUGCUUCUAGUUCCCAUUGAACUUAACAUUUAGCUGUUUUCAUAAUAAUUGUAAUGACUAGUUAAUAGGGAGGUGCAUGGAGACCUCUUCUGUGAUCAAUGGGAACUGCCUUUUCUUAUACAGAAAGAAGUACAUGUAUUUUAAAUCUAGGUCUAGCUACUGCUCUGACUGUGGUACUUGCAGCCUUCACAGUACCUUACUUUAGUGGAUAUUGAAUAUUUAUAUGAUUACUAAAUAAACUAGAGUGAAAGCAAGUUACAACCAUUACAAUAAAUCAUAAUUUAAGGUAGUUACUACAUGAACAAUUUUUAUGAGUUCAGCUUUUACUUAAUCUACAUUAGGGAAAAAAGAGACUGAAAGUUAAUACAAGUAAGUGUAUUUUAACUCUUGCACUAGGCAUGAGAGCUUAAUAAAGCAAAAUUUUCAGGCAAACUGGUUGCAGUUGUUUAUAAAGAAGUGGUUAAAUGUGUUUUUGAACAAAAAGGUUGAAAGCUUCUCUGAAAAUUAUAUUUUAUAGCAUAAUUUAUAUUUUAAAAUGUGCUCAGAGUUACUGUAUUAUUUACUACAGUUUACAAUUAAAAUUCAUGCUGAACAUACACUUUUUAUGGAUUAUUAACUGUAGCACAUUAAAAUGUUACAUUCUAUGUCUGUUACAAUGACUAAGGAACAAACACCUCCUGUUUCUGCAAAGCUCUGUGUUCUCAUGCUCAAAUGAUUUGCAGUAUUAUUAGGCACUAAUAAGCUUUGCAAGGCUGUUGAAGUAUCAGGUUAAUGUAGCUCCUCAAAACUCAGUUUCCUGACAGCACAUCUUAAUAGUGGAUGCUAUGUUUGGUCCAGUGUCUGGUACUGGACACCACUGGUGCCAUUCUGGGGACCUUGAGUGUCUUCAGUAGGACUGAAGGCUUUGCAGAUAUUGAUUAAGUGAUUUAUCCUUCUGGAUUAACACAAGACUGAGAAGACCUGUCUUGUGAACUUCUAAGUCAGAAAAGUAAGUCUGACAAAUGAAUUAAAGCUGUACCAAGGUAAACUGGAGAACCUGGAUGCUGGAAAGCUUUAGCCCUCUCAUAGGAACGUGCUGUCAAGCUCAGGCCUACACCUGCUUUUGAAUUCUAAAAUGUCACGUUGUACCAACUGAAAUAUAUUGUCCUUUUAUUCACAGCUUGCUUUCUUUUGUGUUCAGUCUUGAAUGUUUUUUAUGUCCUCUCAGUUGACAGUUUUGUAAAAGUGUAAGUACAGAAAUACUUAUUGAAGUGUAUCAUGUCUAGAAUUGUACUUAUAAAGUGUCUUAAUACUGUAAAUGCACCACAGCUGCUCAUUAUUGUUAUUUUUUCUGAAAUCAAUUAACAUUAGCAGUUUACACACACAGGAAAACAACACAAUAUGGUACUUUUAAUAACUUAUUUAUUUGCAAAUGUUAUAAGAUUUGUUGAGCUACAGAUCCAGAUACUUGUUUUAGAGAUUGUUUAUACUAUAGCACUGUAGAAAUUAAUCAUCAAUUAAAAGACAUGUUCUAAACUG